UGGCGUGGCUGUGUGGCACAACCAUCCAUAUCCUGCUAUCUGACUACUGACGUUAUUCAAAUUUAACGUCACAGUAACGUAAUACGUAUUAUGGCCCUCCUCACUAUACCAACUGUCAUUCAAGUUUAAAAUGUCUAAAUCUAAGUGUGAUGACCGUCCAAUGACUUGGGCUGAUGGACGCCGUGGCAAAGUUCCAAAAUACAAAUACUCAACCCUGAAAGAAAUUUAUGACAAUCAAUCAAAUUGUCAAUCUUCAUCUUAUUGUGUUUAUGGGAUUGUAUGUGAUUUCGCAGAGGCAACAGUAUCUAGAGGAACAGAUUACUUUGCUCUGGUAUUUCUCAUAGACGACACGAGUCAGAUUCCACUAAAAAUUAGAUUAUUUCACAGAGACAUCAACUUUUUUGCAAAGGUUGAUGUUGGUGACAUUAUACGUUUGCAUCGGCUAAAAGUCUAUAGAGGUGAUGAAGUAGUAUUAUGUUCAACAAGAGGAUGGUCAUGGGUGCAAUGGAGUAAAAAGGAUGAUAUAUUGACAUCUGAAAAGGCAAGUUCAGAAUCGUAUACUAUAACUGCUUUUGAUAGAGAAAUCGUUGACAAACUUCGACAAUGGUAUGCAGAACAUCCAGAGGCUUGUUCAGGUGCAGAAGAAAAAUGUAUGAGAAUCCACGAAGUAAAGCACAAUGAUCAUUUCACACUUGUGUGCCAGGUUCUUAAUUUUGAAGAAGUUAGCAGCACACACAUUGUAGCUAAAGUUUGGGAUGGAACUAAACCUAAUAUUCUUUUUCACCAUUUCACGGAUGCCGAGGACUUCUCCUCUCAAGGUAUUCCAGAAGGUUACGUUGUCGAUAUUUCUAUUUAUGAUGAUCAUGCAGAACAUUGGCGAGAUAUCAAUAUUAGCAAAGGUGAUUUUUUGAAAUUUCAUAACCUUCAUGCUUGGGCCAAUCGUCAGAAUGCAGCAAAUUAUCGAAAAAUCACUUGCAGUGAACUAUCAGUACAUCCAGGAAAAUCUUGUGGGCGAGGUAUAGAAAUCACUAACCAUGAUGAAUAUUUGAACGUGAAAGGGUGAGAUUUUUUGGUAUAUUCAUGGGAUCUUACAACUUUCAGCGA